UAAAUCCGUACCAAUAGUGUUUUUAUAAUUCAAUAGAUUGGCCGUGCACUUGUAGUCAAUAAUAUAGUUGUAUAUAUAACAUAUUCUUUUCCUUUCCAUUUGGUACGUUGAAUGUGGGUUUUAUCAUUUAUGUCUUGAUUAAAUUCAAUUAUUUUCCGAAUAUAUAUCUUAAAAAAAAAUAAAAUCUUUGAAUGGUUUAAUGAGUAGUGAUGCAAUCAUCAAAUGAUGAUGGAGGAGAUUGGAGAUCUUAAUUAUUAUUAUUAUUCAUUAGUAUGCUUUUCAUUGUAUUAGUUAUUAAAUUGUCCAAUUGUGGAUCAUAGUAAGACACUAAUAAACAGAUGCAAAAGUUAAUUAGUGACAUGAUAGAGAAAGCAAAUUGUUUUUUGUUUAGGUGGUAUUGGAACGAACGUUGAAAAACCGACAAAUACCACAUACAAGAGCACAAAUUAGUCUAAGAUCCAACUCCAAAAUAAGCUAAGUUUCUAUCAUCACAAAACUAAAAUCCAUCCAUUCUUCAUUCAUUUUGAUUGAAUAUAACAUGCGAGAAUUGAACAAUUGCCAUCCUCGCAUUUAGUAUAAGCAGGGGGACAAGCAUACACAAUCUUAAUUUGCAUCCCCCGCCCCCUCGAGUCUCAACAACGGAAAAGUUCUUAUAGGUAGAGCUACUUCUGCAAUUGCACUUCAAAACGUAUUCCCAAACUUGCAUGAGAACCACGAAAAGAGACAUCCACAACAAAAACUAUCUACUUCGAAAUCGAAAAUUCAGAGUCGCUUCAUGUGCUCCAAACAUCAAUCCACUUCACUCUCUACAUUUCGUGAUCGAUAAUUCUCUCGAAUCAAAGUAACUACCCAACUCCCAACCCGAAUAACCGAUCAUAUAUGUACCGCAUUAGAACAAGUAACAAUCAUUUUGUUCAUAAUCACCCACAUUAUUAUCCCAUGAACAAUGGUUUUUGUUCAAGGGUCGAAAAAUCCACAACCCUGCGGCCCAAAAUUAUGCAAAUGGCCCAAAGUUGAAGCGUAUUGUCACCAUUGAAUUGAUGAAUGUGAAGGAAACGACAGGAUCCUUCACAAAAUCUGGGUCAGAAGAAGCCUGAAAGUGAAAAGUGAAAAGAAUGAAUCGAAGAGAGGCCCACUUCCCCAGCUUGCUCUGUACGGGUACACGUGUGAGAACCGUGUCGUGUCGGCACGUGUGGUUGUUUUUUUUUUCACUUUGUACCGUUUUACCCAAACCCAGAUUAACCAAAUAAUUAAUUUUCCCUCCAACCGAGUACGGAAACGACAAGCCGUUUCUUUCUUUUAAGCCACAAGGAAAAGAUUCGAACAGAGGAGCUGUGACGGACACAAUUGUCCUUAGACGCGUAACUUUAUACUUUCUCUCUUGUUAUUAUAAAAAUAGUUUUUAAAUUAAAAAUUUCUCUUCGUGGAUAUCAAUUUUUUGCCAGCACAGCCACAGCCCCCUUUUUUUUUUAUUUUUAUUUUUUUUUAUAUAUAAAUCUCUCAUCUUCACUUUCCCUUUCCCUCUUUCUUCCUCUCCAGCCACUCCCUGUCUCUGCAACCAUGAGAGAGUAGAUUUUUCCGGAAACCAAACACUACCGAUUCAUCCUUCAUUCACCACUCCAAGCAAUAAAAAUGGUGUCUUUCGAUGAUUCCCUCUCCCACCACCAUCACCAUCUCUCAAGCUCCGGCCGAUUCCCUCUCCCUCGCACGGAUUUCUACUCUCCCCUGCUCUCUCCUUCCGCCUCCACCACCAAGAUCAACCGCCAAAUCGGCCGCUCCAUGCGGACGAUCCGCUCCACUCUUUACACCGGAGAGGACAGCUGUUCCUCCUUCGCUUCCGCCGCCGCCUCGCCUGACCACGGGUUUGUGUCCGAGAACUUGACCGACUCUGUUGUGGACAUGCGCCUCGGGGAGCUCGCCGCAAGGAACUUCCUCAACUGCUCUGGCAAGUCGGAGAAAUCGUCGACGGCGAAUUUGACCUCCUCCGCGGCGGCGGCGGAGGAGUUUUUGGAUAUCUCGCAGGCAUUCAGUGAUUUCUCCGGGUGUAGCAGCGAUAUAUCCGGGGAAUUGCAGCGAUUGGCGUGCUUGCCUUCUCCCAGACGAGGAGGGGAGGAGGAAUUACAGCCAGAGCCGGAGCCGUGCUUCGGGUUUCUGCAGAGGGAGAGCUUCUCGACGGAGAUAAUCGAGAGUAUUUCGCCGGAGGAUCUCCAACCGACGGUCAAGAUCUGCGUGGACGGCCUUGAAUCUCCGUCAGUGGCGGUGAAGCGAUCCGCGGCAGCGAAGCUGCGUCUCCUGGCGAAGAAUCGGUCGGACAAUCGAGCAUUAAUCGGCGAAUCCGGCGCGAUUCCGGCGCUAAUUCCUCUCCUCCGGUGCAGCGAUCCGUGGACCCAGGAGAACGCCGUCACGGCUCUGUUGAAUCUCUCCCUCCACGAAGGCAACAAGGACCUAAUUACCAACGCCGGAGCCGUCAAAUCCCUGGUCUACGUGUUGAAGACAGGGACGGAAACCUCCAAGCAGAACGCAGCUUGUGCAUUGCUAAGCCUCGCAUUGGUGGAAGACAACAAAUCGUCAAUUGGAGCUUGCGGCGCAAUUCCUCCCCUGGUUGCUCUCCUAAUCAACGGAUCCACUAGGGGAAAGAAGGAUGCUUUGACGACUCUGUACAAGCUCUGCUCCAUCAAGCAGAACAAGGAGAGAGCGGUGAGUGCUGGAGCUGUGAAGCCACUGAUAAUGAUGGUGGUCGAGCAAAGUUGUGGAAUGGCCGAAAAGGCGAUGGUGAUACUGAAUAGCCUGGCGGGGAUUGAAGAAGGCAGGGAAGCUAUAGUCGAGGAAGGAGGGAUUGCUGCCCUUGUGGAAGCCAUUGAAGAUUGUUCUUCUCCUAAAGGGAAGGAGUUUGCUGUGCUGACACUGCUCCAAUUGUGCACUGCGUGCUCGACCAACCGCGGGUUGCUUGUGAGGGAAGGUGGGAUUCCUCCUCUUGUUGCAUUGUCUCAGACUGGGACUGUAAGAGCCAAGCAUAAGGCGGAGACACUGCUUGUAUUCUUGAGAGAAUCAAGAAAUGAGGCUUCAUCUUCAAGUCCUUAGAAAAAAUAGAGAUGGUGGUAACUUUUAUUCUCCUUCCCCAACUAUUUUCAGAGAGGGUAGAUUAUAUCAUAUCACUACUCACUAGCUAGACUUGUGAUCGAGGGUUGGUUUUGAUGGAUAUGUACAUAGGAGUAGUGCUUUUUGUUUCCUUUCUUUCUUGAUAUGUACAGUGUGCUCUUGUUGUAAGUUUGAAUUCUCUCUAUGAAGUAAGAAGAAGUUAGAGAGGGAAGGGAGGCUAGGAGUUGAGCAAAGAAGCCGACUUUUGUGAAAUGUAUGACUUUCGAAGACUAGGAGGGUUUUUGAGAAGGGGGGAUUGGGAAAAAAAAAGGUUCCUUAUUUCACAUGGUAUUCUGCAGGAUGAAUACUGUGUGUAUGUCUGUUGGUGUGUGUUCAUGUAAAUCUACGGAUUUGGGUUAGUCUUCCUUAUGUUUUGAUUUGGAUGGUGACCCAAAUUUCUGUUCUUUGAAGGGUAUGUUACCUUUGUGUAAAAGUAUAAUCAGGUUUUAGAGAUUAUAUGUAUUGCGCCUGUAUUAGGCAGUUUAGCUUGGAGCUGUACUAUGGUGGACAUGUAUUUCACUAAUGAGUAAUGACAUAUCUUAGUUUUUCUGCUUGAGACUGUUUCCACAUUGUGGAUUAUAUAACCAGGGGCAGGCAUGAUCCUAUGAUCCUAGUACAGAAUCGGUAUACAGACUGGAUCGGAAAGAACAGAUGACGAUCACAACAUGUUCAGAAGAUUCAGUCAUUUCUAUCGGGUACGUUUCGAUCCAAGCAUCGGGUUCUUACGACCUGGUUUCUUGUUGUGGUGAGGUAAUGCAGUGCAGGGACCUUCUCCACUGCGGCCAUGCUCUUCUUUCUGUUCUUUUGUGUGUUGUUUUCUGAUGAUGAACUCUUCUCCGGCCAAAACUUGAAACAGAAGUAAAGGCUUGAGGAGCAAACAAACAAAGGUUCUUUGCUCAGUUUCUUGACCUGCCGCCAACUGGAAGGCCAAGGAUUAUCGAUUACUUUAAUGGCUGGGAGGAAAAGAUAUAAUAGUUUAUUAAAGAAAAGAAAAGUAAUGCAGAAAAGGGUUGUUCUUCUUCUUCUGGGUUUGGUGUUUGAGCCUGACCUGAAGGUUGGCUUGUGGACUGUAGUACCUUUUACUUUCAUUUGUUUGUUAUUAUAUGGUGACUAAUAUUUAUAAAUAAUUGCCUUCCUUUGAAUGGUGUUUGGCUUCUUCCUCAUUCUUCCUUGCUUGAAAGGGUGUAAAGUCUAGAAACCAUAACCACAAGGCCACAACAACACAAUGGCCAACCAAAACCUUAUCUCCAUCACAGCAACUUGUCUACUUUUGUGCAUGAGCUUGAUUGGAGUAUUGAAUUGUUGCUUUCUUCAAAGGAGAGAGACCAAAGACAAAGUCUACUUCAUCUUUUGAAACGAGGAAGGAUGCAAAAUAUGGUUUGGGGGACAGGUGUUCUCUCCAUGGCAAUGACUGCAUUUUUCUACUCUCCUUUGUGCAAAUGAUGGGCUUUAGAGACUAGGGUUAUGCUUCUCGAGGUGCAUUAGGGAGUAAAUGAUUAUGAUAAGAAGCACUAAAAUAUUGCACUCCAUGUGCAAUGUUGAUGAUAGCACUGGGUUUAACCACUAGUGUAGUGUAAUCAUGUUUGAGUGGUAUUAGAUCACAAGAGCAAUAAUGAAGCUGGUGGGCAUGCAUUCCGUUUGGUUCGAAGUGCAACUCGCCUCAGAUCACAAGUAAGAAUUCGUGUGGAUCGAGCCUUGAAUCUAUUUAAGUAUCGUUUCGGUUGUAUUUCCUGGUUUUAGGGUGGACAACGUGUGCAUUUUACUCUGAAAUCAGAAGUAACUUGGUACCCAAUUUGAGGCUCUCAAAUCUCAAUAUGAUCUUAGAUUUGACUAGGAAUGGUUGGCAACGUCCUCUUCACCAGAAGCCAAAAACAUCCAACCCCACCCACAGGAAGGUUAGGAGGGAAGAGAGACUUUUAAAAUCUGUAGGAACAGCAUGUUUCUAUGCAUUUAUGAUGGAUUGGGUGCUCUCCUAACUUUACCUUUCCUUUUGUCUGCAGCUUCGUUUAGCUGGCAAAGAGGCAGGCGUGGUGCUCUGUUCUUCUGUCUGUCUUGCUCCCCUGUUUUCUUUUGAGUGCCAAAUGGCCACCAUACUUGAUGGUUCUCUGCUUUUCCAAAGGCUUUCUCUAUUCAUGGGAGUCCUUUGUGCUUAUCGUGGCCAAAUGGUUUCAUGGGAGUCCUUCAAACUUUAUCUUGGCCAAAUGGUUCGUCUAAGGUAUAUGGAGAAACAUUAGAGAUACUUUUUAUGCAUUCAAAUGUUGAUUUCAGUAUUAUCGAUAGGAGAACUCUGAAAAAAUGGCUUAUGUAGGUCUCGAACCAUGCCCAACUCUCUUGAUUACCAUUAUGAUGCAAGUUUCCUUCUGUUAUCUUCCUUGAUUACUUAUUAGGGGUGGGCACGUGGGUGGUUAAUCCACGGAUUGAUAUCGAUCCACCCGCAAAUAACCCGACCCGCAUGCAAUGGGUGAUUGAUGUGGGUGGAUUGCGGAUUGUUAAAUCUCCCACCCGCACUUAUGUGGGUGGAUGGUGGGUGGAUUGCGGGUCACCCGUAUGACCCGCAUUAUAUUUUUUACAUGGAAAAAUGUUGUUUCUUAUAGUAUCGAAUAUUCAUCAUAUUUUCAAAUGCACUACAGUCUGACCAUAUACUGCAAAAGGUGGAGAAUAAAGAAUAGUUUUGACUACUAUUAUUAUUGGCUAUUGUGUUGUGCAAUAUCUAUUUGCAAUGAAUAUUGGUAUGCAAAUUAUCCAUUAAAUAUUGGGAUACAAACUAUAAAUUAUUAAUUGUAUCAAAAUCACAAAUUAUUGAUACAAUCUUACUAAUGUGCUAUGAACUUAUUAUAAAUUUUAGUCAAUUUUCUUAAUGGCUAGUUGGAGAAUUGCUUUUGCGGGUUAACCCGCGACCCAACCGCACCCAUCCGCCAUCCACCCAACCCAACCCGAAUAAGUAUGUGGGUGGAUUGCGGGUCACAUAUAUUCCAACCCGCUAGUAAGCGGGUGGGUCAAUUUUAGACCAAAAUCCACCCAACCCGCCCAUUGCCCACCCCUAUUACUUAUGAUGUUUCGGAGGUUAUGUUGACAGUUAAGAUGUUGUUUGAUCUUUUGAAUAUAAAAGAACAUUAGAU